CGAUCUAGUGAGCCGUGGAUACAACAAUGACAUAACCUCAAUUCGACAUCUGUUGUGUUUUAUCGAUCUCGUUCGUUGUAGCUUUGUUUAUUUUAAUCGAUUCGCGAAAUGUGUGACGUAUUAGUGUGAACCGAAGCAACGUGUUGGUUUUGUAGUUUGUUGUGUGGUUUCUUGGAGUGACAGGUGGUAAAAGCGAUUUUGAAAUGGCCACAACCUGUUUUGGGCCUCCGCCACUUCCGCCUUCCAACAAGAAGAAGGUGGUUGCGACCAUAGAGCCAUCGCCGAGCAAAAAGUCCUCCAAGAAAGAGAAGAAAGUGGCCAGCGUAGAACCCCUGAUGUCUUCCACCUACAGGUCCUUCCGAGACCCGGUGGAAGAGGACGAGAUAAUAGUGUUGUCCUCGGAGGACAUGGAGGUGAAGCCGAUCCAGGAGAAGAAGGAUAAGAAGAAGUACAACACGAAUUCUUUGACGAGACCGUUGAGCGCGAGCAAGUUGACGUUGAGCAGAAGUCACUCUGAGGGGAAUUUGACGAUUGUGGGUGAAGAAGUGCCUUUGGACCUUUCUCUGCCGCCGCUGGGCUCCGGAGCGCUCAACAAGUGCCUUAGAGUCCUCAGCGGCUCUUGGAAGAACCUUUUUCAAUUGGGGGGAAUGUCCCGGCCUAACAAGCCAGUGGUGCAGAUCAAGAAGGUAGCACCUCCGGCCGUCCCCGACUGCCAGGCAGGCUUCAGGCACUCGGGUAGCAGCUUCGGGUCAGCCGGGUACAGCAGUGCGGGCGAGGACCACGGAUUCACGGACCCAGGCAGAGAUGGUUACGAGGUUGGAGAUGUUUACGGGAUGGCCGGGAAAUCUCCCGGAGGACAGUUCAACUAUCCCGCCUUCACAUUCCCGGGACCCCAGUACACCCAGGUAACCGGGGGCAACAAAAGUGCGAUGUACUACCAUCAUCAACUGUCUUUACAAGAGGACCAGGGCAUUGACAUGACUCAGAGCCCAGGUAGAGACAGUCCAGGGUCCAGUGGUAGUGGAUCGCGCCACUCCACCGCCUCUCUAGACAGUGGUCGCGCCAGUGGUUGUCACCUUGCGCCUCAUGCUCACCCUCGGCCCAGCCUCAGCUCCAGCAGCGUAGGCAGUGAUCUGGUCGCCUCAGCACCUGCGAGGGUAGAACGGUUACUGCUGCAGGGUGUACCGGACCAGGACGUACUGCAUGCGUGGCUGAUGGACAUCCGCUUCGAGGAGUACUUCCCACUGUUUUUGUCGGCUGGUUACGACAUGUACACCAUCUCCAGGAUGACACCGGAGGACCUCACAGCCAUCGGCAUCAAGAAGCCCAACCAUCGCAAGAAGCUCAAGGCGGAGAUCGCUCAGCUCAACAUCAGCGACGGCUUGCCUGACUACAUCCCUGGUUCACUAGAAGAAUGGCUGAGGCUGUUACGACUGGAGGAGUACGGCCCUGCUUUGGCUUGUCAGGGCUACAACACGAUAAACGACGUAACACAACUUACAUGGGAGGACCUUGAGGACAUCGGGAUUGUAAAGCUCGGCCACCAGAAACGGAUCCUGCUCGCCAUCAAGAGAGUCAAAGACCUCAGAGCGGGAAAAGUGUUCCCUCCGCCUCACACACCUGUGCUCCUGCCUCACAAUCAGCAGUCCCCAGCCCCUGCCAAAGAGAGUGACUGUGACUGUCCGCGAGUACUUGCCAACGUCAAGAGCUUCCACCAGCCGUGGGAGAUAGAGGCGUCUCGUCGCUUCUACUGCACUACCGACAUUGUGCCUAUCAAGAUCCGAGGGGGCAGAGGGAAGUCCCUGGAGUCUCUGGAGGAUGGGAUGGCCGGAGGAGGAGGUACAAGCAGUUUUUCCCCAACACCGCUACCUCCUGGCUGGCGACCCAGGUCCUACGAUGAUGGAGAUAUCACCCCGACCAACGAGGCACUUCCGCUACACGAGGGAGGUGGAACACUUCCUAGGCCGAGGGGGCUGGUGCGGCCGAGACCCAUAGCCAAGAUACCAGCCACCUUCUGUCCGGCUUACAGACCCGAGGACAUGAUGAUGAACGUAGGCACGUUGAAGAGACUUCCUCCGUCACCACCAAAGAGACAGUCAGAGUGUGUUACCGUAGUGGCAGACUUGCAUUGUCCUGCACCCAAAACUUGGGCAGAAAGUGGCUUUAAGUCGAGUUCAAGUACUGAGUCAGAUUCGCUGCCGUUCGCCAAUGAAAAUGCUGGAACGAUAAAACAGCGAGCUGUUAGAAAUGUAACAGAUUUUGUUCCACCCAUUCGAGUUCAACCUCCCUCAAAUGAAAACACCUUGUCUAUAUCAAGGAAAGAAGGCCAGGAGCCCGCUGAUGUACUGAACGACAUUGGUAACAUGUUAGCCAACCUAACAGAUGAACUGGAUGCGAUGCUUCUGGAAGAGAAACGGCAAGGGUUGACAGAUGAAUAAACCUCGAAUCUGUCAAACGAGACUUUCCUUCAUGGAACUCCUUUCCUUACGCAGGGCUUUUUCUUACAAUCAGGAAUUGUUUCCCUUAGAGUAGGGAAUUUUCCCCUAUGGAUGGGAGGUUAUUCUGUCGGUUCAGAAUAUUCAAGCAAUACCUCAUCAUUGGCAAUAGGGUUUCUUGAAACCUUCGCUUUCGUAUAUUUCAUACAUUUGUAAAAUUUGGUUACAGCUUUGUAACUUUGUAUGUAAUUCGCUUAAGAGAUUUGUAAUUUUUCACAUUGAAGGUAAUGUGGGGUUUUUACCUUAUAUGACUUACAAGGCGUUUAAUACUUAGUGAAUUUUACAAUCCGUUUCCAUUAAGUUACAGUUUAACCGGGCUGGGAAGAGUAUAUUAUGAUUUUCGCUGGCCGAAAUUGACCAAAGUCAAAACAGCUCGUUACAAACGUCUUUGUUGUACGGAUGAAUCUGCACAUUUGUACAUAAGAUGUUUAGUUGUGAUGUGUUGAUUACUUGUGUUAUGUUUUGUAAACUGAAACUAACUAUUGAAAUUAAUUUUGGUUCAGUUUCAAGGUCAGUCAGCUUUAAGCUAUUUUUUAUGAUAAUAUAAACAUAGAAGUAUUUACUUUUUAAAGCCAGCAAACAUUUUAGAAAAUCUUUUAAAGCCUUUUAGAACCUAUUUUUGUUGAUCAGUUGCAAAAUAUCAACAUUUUUCAUAAAGAAGUAAUGACAUUCAGUUAUCACGCGACUAUACCGGGUGAUUCAAAAUGAAUGACCCGGUUUUAAACUAACUUUUAUACUAUUAAACUUACCGCUAUGAAAUACACAUAAAAGGAAAUCAACUCAAAGAGUUUAUGCCUGCCAAAGACACAUUAUUUUUAAAAAUCAAUCCAGCAGAACUGUAGAUUUUAUUGUACAAAGUGAAAAAGUAAUCUCCCACUUUUUUUACCACUAGAAAUUUGGAGAUUACUUGACGUUUUUGCAAAUAACUUUUAAAUGGUGAGGAAAUCGACCAAAGUGGAAGGUAAUAUUCCGAAAGAGAAUAACAUUUCCUAAAGUCUACUAUUAUGCAUUUAUUGAAAAUACUCAAUAAAUGUAGCCUAAAUUUGCCUUUAAAAAAAGUGUGCAAUUUAAUGUUUGAUACUGUAUGUCUAUUGUCUACAUUGAAGACGGGGAUUUUCAAUUUUUUUUUUUCAUUUUCAGGUAAUUUUUGGCACCUUUCUUUUGAAUAUUUUCAAAAAAUGCAUAAUAGUAGAUUGUAGGAAAUUGUAUUCUCUUUCGGAAUAUUGCCUUCCACUUUGGUUGAUUUCCUCACCAUUUAAAAGUUGUUUGCAAAAAUCUCAAGUAACCUUCAAAUUUCUAGUGGUAAAACAGUUGUAAAUUACUUUUUAACUUUGUACAAUUAAAUCUACAGUUCUGUUGGAUCGAUUUUGUUAAAUAAUGUGUCUUUGGAAGGCAUAAACUCUUUGAGCUGCUUUUUCGUUUGAUGUGUAUUUUAUAGCGGUAAGUUUAAUAGUAUAAAAGUUAUAAAGCGUUAAAACUGGGUCAUUCAUUUUGAAACACCCGGUACAUUAAUUAAACCCAAACAAUUACAGGGUCCCAAUAUUUACAACCACCAACUGGACACCCAUGAUUUUCCAGACCCAUAGUCUGGAUGCCCGAGAGGUUGUUUUGCUUGCCUUCUAAUCUGAAGUUUGCUGGUUCGAUCCUAGACAAUAUUAAUUACAGAAUUUUCUGUAUACAGAUCCAGAAUACAUUUUUCAUUUUGCUAACAAAAGUUUAAUAAUUGAUGAUAGAUAAAACAAAGCUUGAACUGUUCCCUUUUAAAAGAUAGGUAUGAAUAAAACAAAUCAGUUUUAUAAACUUUCAUAGGAAUAAACAAUUCAUUUAGUGACUUAAUUUUGGGUAACUGUUACCUAACUAAUGUACCAUUAGUUAUUUCUGCCCGGUUUGUAUAGAGAAUGGUUUUGACACAAUUUUUUUAAAUUUGUUUAUUGAUUUUGUAAAGAUUACCCUAAAGUAAAAGAAAAAAUGUGUAUAGAUAGAGCUUAAGUAUUGCCAACAUAAAACAUAUUCAAAGUCAAUCUCUAUGCACAAAACCCCUCCCAAUUAUUUAAUCAAAAACUGAAAAUUUGCUUACUGCAUUUAACAGUCCAAUAAUAGCUAUCAACACAUUUCCAACAAUAUUUCGGUUUAUUUAAAGCAGCGCUCAAUACUAAAUGAUGCGAAUUGUUGGCAGUUGCAAGGUUAUGCACUAAGACAUUAUAUUGUUGCGAGUUUGCAACCAACAUUAAAUAUCUUGAGAUACAAUUCUAAUUUGUAAAAGUAUUAAGUACAUACUUUUCCCCUAAUAUUGCAAGGGCACAGAUAAGUACAAAAAUAUUCACAAAAUAAUAAUAACUAGUGUACAUGUUGCUCGAAUUCGAGCAAUUGCAAAGUGUUACAGGAUUUAUUUUAAAACGAAUAACAGGCAUAUUUACAAUUAAUUUAAAAGAGUCAACUCAAGAUUACCGGUCUGUAACUCAGAUCAUUAUUGAUAAACCUAAAUCAUUCCGGCCGGUUUUCUCCUUCUCAAAAUACCUCGCUGUACAGGCAACACAGGUCAUUGACAGAGGGCCAAUUGAGAACGAAAAGUCGUUUUGGGGUAGUGUUAGGGUGCAUUUGUAGCCAAUAGUUGAGAUUGUCAAGGGUCAGGUGCUGACUGUGAUAAGUUAAACCUAUUACGCGCCACUGUUCUGCAGCUGCGGUCGUUAUCACGCCUCCUGUCUAUGUUUCGUUGUCGUCACGUCGGAGGCAUUUAAAAGAAGAAACAAAAUAAACAAAUUAUAGCUACACAAAACAACGAUAAAUGCACAAAUUUAAGUUACAAUCAUGCUAACACGAUCCGUCAUAACGACACAAAACAACGAUAAAUACACAAAUUUAAGAUACAACCCUACUAACACGAUCCGUCUUGGGGGUUAUGUUUAAACAAACUCAAAUAGUAAAUAAACGUACUCAAUGUGUUACAUUGAAUUGAAAAAUAAAUAACAGCAGUUAAAUUAUACAGCUGAUCAAAAUGUAAACAAUUAUGUUCUUCAUAAGGAUAACAUGUAAACUUUCAAAGCCACUGGGGCAGAGCCCAAGGGACUUUUUCAAAAAUGUAAGGCCAGUUUGCAAAUCUACGCGACACGCUCUUUCCAAUGAGACGUCAAUGGAUAAAAUCGGUUAAGAAAUGGCGGAGGAGUUCAACCGACAAAGUUUCAUGUAGCGUAUUAAUUAUAUAGAUAAAAUACGUCCUAAUCAUGUUUUAGCGAAUUUUUCAUUUAGGGAGUAAGCUAUUCCUGUAGGUCUCAAGGUAAGACCUAGACCUGGGACCGAUUUACUUUUUAGUUUUGGUAAAACUAUUUAGGUACUAACAUUUGAUGGUACAUAACUAACUACAGUUUGAUGUUGUAGAUAUAAAUCGUUGAACCUCUGAUAUUUUUUUAGAAACAUCCUAAAUCAUUUACAUGAAAACAUAAACUUCUAUGAUUGUUGACUUACCUUGAAACUGCUAUGUAAUUUUUGUACAGAUGUUAUUUUUUAUAUUGUUUUUCGUCGGGCAAAAUCCGUCCCGUUGUAAAUAGGUGAAAAAAUAGUUUUGAUAUCGAUUCCUUUCCUAGCUAGAGCAGAUGUAUAUGGUUUGUAGAUCGCAUAAAAUCUUUAUUGUACUUAUGUUCCUGAAUUGUUGGAUGUAUAUUUUAUUUUAAUUACAUUAGUCGUUUUGUUACAGUGUUUCUUGUAAUUGUGAAUAGAAAGACUGGAAUUAACAAGUUUAAAAGUUCGUAAGAACUCUGUACCAUUCCUAUUGUAAUAAAGUAAUUAUGAUUAAUACAAAUAAAAUAGCAAUUAUAACAG